AUGGCAGAAAACGGACUUCAACCGUCGAGACAACAGCGAUUCGUGAUAGGGGUGGACUAUGGCACGACUUACACUGGGGUUGCUUAUGCGACUCCGAACUCCAAUCACCUUCCGCUUGACGAGAUUGACCUCAUCGAGGACUGGGGGUCGAACAUGGGCAACCACAAGAAGAUCCCCAGCGUCAUCUCCUUCUCCCCGUCGACUGAGGCCAUGGAGCAGCAGUGGGGAUACGACCUCAGCGAACACGCCAUUUCGAUCGUCCACACCAAAUUGGAACUAGACCUUCAGGACGUCUCCAGUGAGCUCGACCUCAUGAUCCAGGCCCUCGAUGGCAUGUGUGACUUCGGCUUCGACCACAUCCGAGGCGCCGGGUCGGCGCACGCCUUCAGCGACAAAUCCGCCGAGCAGAUCGUGACCGAGUAUCUGUCGAGGGUCUUCGAGCACCUGUCGGCCGCCAUCGUCAAAUUCUCUGCGUCGUUCAGAGUACAUGUUCCAGUCGAUAUUGUGGUCACUGUGCCGACGGAAUGGUCUUACCGAGCGAAAAACUCGACUUUCCGCGCCCUCACCAAUGCCGGCCUCAACCAGAGCUAUUUCCCCAGGCUGUCCACUAUUAUGUUUAUCACUGAGCCCGAAGCCGCGGCGAUAUACACAGCGAGGUACUUGAAGGAUGAGAUCAAUGAAAUAUUCCUCAAGCCAAAUUCUUGCUUCAUUCUUUGCGACGCAGGUGGCGGUACAGUCGAUGUCGUGUCGUACAAAGUCAAACAAGUGGAGCCGUCACUGGUUCUGGAGAGGAUCGGAGUUCCUACUGGAGACAAGUGCGGAGCCAUCUACAUCGACAUUGCAUUCAAAGAAUGGCUGCGUGAACUACUGGGUAACAAAUACUACGAGAGGCUCGACCGGAACCAGGACCUCCAGAGAAUCACCUCGCACACCUGCGAGAGUAAGGCCAUGCGCCAGCUGAUGAAGUCGUUUGACGUGCUGAAGAAGCAGUUCCACAAGAAUCACCGAGACAUGGCGUUGGAUUUGCCCGAGCCGCUCCACAACUUGACAUUGGACAACCGGGUUGAUGGGGGCGAGAUCAAGAUCACCAACGCCACGAUGAUGAGGUUUUUCAAUAUCUGUAUCGGGAAGAUCAUGGACUUGAUCACAGGACAUCUUCGCCAGAUCGAUAACCUCAAUAAGCAGUGCAAGAACAUCUUCUUAGUCGGGGGCUUCGGCGAAUCCCCCUACCUGCAGGAGGAAAUUGAAUUCUCGCUGCGGCUGCGGCGGAUCAAGCUGCGGCGGCCGGACACGUCGUGGACGGCGGUGGUGCGUGGGGCGGUGCUGCACGGGAUCGAGAAGGACACGACGGGUUCGAACCUGGUGCUGGCGACGGCGUGCCCGCGCCACUUCGGCAUCAGCCUCAACGAGCAGUUCUCGCGCAUCCAUCACGAGGAGCGCGACGUCACCAUCAAUCCCAUCACCAAUAGCCAGAUCGUCGAGGGCCAGCUGCUGUGGAUGCUGAACAAGGGCGACCUGGUGCUGUCCGACAACCCCACCAUCGUCUCCCAGCUCAUCAGCCUGUCGUUCCGCGAGAAUGACAAAUCCAAGCGUCGCCUGACCGUCUACUCGUACGCCGAGGACGACGACCGGCCCACCCGGAUCAAGAACUCGCUCGACGACCUCGAAGUCGUGCACGUCCUCGAAUAUGACCUGGCCCAGAUCGACCGGAAGAAGCUGGAAGUUUGCAAGGGCCGGAACGGCAAGUUCUUCAUCGCGCGGCUGAAGCUGACCAUGUCCUUGUCAGCGGACCGCCUGGAGUCGGUCCUCUCGUGGGAGCAGGGUCAGCUGGAGCUGGCCACGGAGGAGUCGACGUGGCGGUGA